AUGUCUGGUCUACUAGGCGGAGCUUAUGACUCGAGCGAUGAUGAGGCGCCCGCGGCGCCGGUGAAGGUGUCUCCGGUUGCGCGCAGGACAUUGGUGAAUGCGGCGCCGGAUGUUUCUACAGAGGAUACCGCACAAAUGCAAAUCAUGCUUGCGAACCCGACGAGUAAUGCGCUCACGUACAAUGUCACCUAUGACAACCUCGCACGCCCAGUAGAAGGUCCUACAAACCCAUUCAAGUCCACGGCGGGAAACGCCCUAAAGCGCAAGAACGUGCUCACCGGGAACGCGGAGGAGACGACCAUAUCGGAGAACACGUUCAGGACCGCGCACAGGACAUACCAGAGUCUGGGCUACACGCAGGAUCCCAGUGUCAAUGGUGCAUUCGUCGGCAAUCAGACAGCCGUCGCAAAAUAUGGCGGGAAGGAUGUGGUGCAGCUACGGCAUUCGAAGGAAGACAGUGCAAUCAUAAGGGCAAAGAGGCAGAAAAAGGGCAACAGCAGUAUUGUCGACGGGGAAGGCGCAUACCUGGGACCCUGGGCGAAAUACCAAAGCGACGACGUUGCCUAUGAGCAGGCAGAAGCUGCAGCCGACCAGGAACUUGGCUCGGACGAGGAAUGGGUCGAAGAGGGUAUCGCCCCGGCACCGCUUCCUGCGCCACCAAAAGAGGCAACGGCAUACGCUGAAGAUCUGGCUGGGGCGGAAACGACCGAAUUCCACCUGGAGUCGGAAUUCGACUACCAGGGUCGGACUUACAUGCAUGUCCCCCAAGAUCUGGACAUCGACCUACGGAAAGAACCCGGCUCGAUCCAGAACUACGUGCCCAAGAAACUCAUACACGUGUACAAGUACCACACGAAACCCAUCACCUCGUUACGCUUCAUUCCGAAAUCAUCACACCUAUUACUCUCUUCGUCGGCAGACUCCAAGAUUGCACUCUGGGAUGCACAUCACGAUCGAUCUCUGCUCCGCACGUUCUCCGGGCACAACAAAGCCAUCACAGACACCGAUUUCCACCCUACAGGACGUUCAUUCCUGUCGGCAUCGUACGACCGCCAGAUGAAGCUCUGGGAUACAGAGACAGGAAAAUGCAUAUCUCGGUUCACGACAGGGAAGACUCCGCAUACACUGCGCUUCCAUCCGGAGGGCAACGAAUUCAUCGCCGGGAUGAACGACAAGAAGAUUGUCCAGUUCGACACUCGCUCAGGCGAGUUGACUCAGGAAUAUGACCACCAUCUCGGUCCGAUCAACACACUUACAUUCGUGGACGAAGGUCGCCGUUUCAUUUCCACCUCGGACGACAAGUCCCUUCGCGCAUGGGAGUACGGGAUCCCCGUGCCGAUCAAAUUCAUUGCCGAUCCGUCCAUGUAUGCUCUUGUCCGCGCAGCACCGCAUCCCUCAGGGAAAUACGUUGCAUUCCAGUCAGCGGACAACCAGAUCGUCGUCUAUGCUGCGGGGGACAAGUUUCGCCAGAAUCGCAAGAAGGGCUUCCGCGGCAUGAACACCAGCGGUUACGCAAUCGAUGUGGCCAUUUCCCCGGACGGCGGUAUCAUCGCCAGCGGCGAUUCCGGGGGAUUUGUAUGCUUCUGGGACUGGAAGACCGGCAAAAUGUGGCAUAAGAUCCAAGCGGGAGGGGAGGGGUUAGGCGCCGUUACGUGCGUGGCAUGGCACCAGCAGGAGAGCAGCAAGGUGGCCACUGGCGGGCUGGACGGCGUCAUCAGGUAUUGGGAUUGA